CUUUAAGUUGAUUUUCAUUUAGUUUUCGCUGAAACACAAAUUAAGUUUACUUCUGCCUCUCUUUUUUAUGUGGGAAAAGUGGGUGUGUAGUUCCACUUGAGUUUGGAACUUCCCUGUUAGUGAGAGAGUUUGUUGCAAAGGGGUUGCCUCGGUGAUGGGUCGAUGCCAGAGUUUGCGGUUUGAUAGUUGCAGGUCUUUCCUUUUGAAUAUUUUCAUGCAUGCUUCUCGUCUUGUUUGGAGUCGUGAGCUACUUUUGCCUUAGUUUUCUCCCCAGAGAAGUCAUUUUUACGCACAGCGAAUGCUGGGUCUGAGGAGGGUGUGAGCUGACCCGUCUGGAGCAGACAGUCGAUACACGGCUGAGUGACGGGAGUUUGCUUCUAAACUCCUGUGUCGUGAAGAGAACGCUGGCAUUUCCGCAGAGCUGGGGAGGAAAGUGGGUUUGUUCACCCAUCACUGUUCACACACAGUUUCCUGAGUCCUCAGAAGAUGACGAGGCCAAAGCUCCAGUGGUCUCCCUCCUCCGACCCUGCAAGCUCAGAGUUCGGCCAGAUUAGUCUCAGCUCAGGACUCGGUGGGCCUGACCAGGCCUGGGGACGCCGACCAGCUUGCCCCUCGCGCUCACAGGCCAGCGUGUAUGGCCCUCGUCGCUCUGCCAUCCUGCUCAAGGUCACUUAGCUUCCACCCUCUUUCCUGGACCAUCAGUCAGUGGACGAUGUCACCGCAUUUAAGGUGCCAUCCCCUUUGUCCAAGCACAGAGGGAAAUACUACAAGAGAAAGUGACAGUCGGAUGGCCUGAGCUCAGGGUCCCGCUGAGGAAUUUCCUUUUGCUCCUUAGAAGUCAGAGUCGGGGUCCUGGGGCUUUGGCAGCCACUCUGUGCCAUGUGGUCAAGGGGUGCAGGCAGGAAAGACCAGUCUGUGUUCUCCUCGUGGGACCCUGUUCCAUGCGGUUCCAAGGUUCUAGAUGAGCCACGGGCUCUUCAGGGUUCUGGGACCGGAGGAGGCCGACUGUCCUCGGUCCUGUUAGGAAGAUGCGUGAAAGUCAAGAACAGACUCCCCAACGGUGUUUCCAACCCACCGAUAGGAGUGAAGGAGUCUGUAGAACAGCAACACCAAGACUUCCCAAUGAACAACCGGAAGGAAGACAUGGAAAUCGCGUCCCACUACCGGCACUUGCUCCGUGAGCUCAAUGAGCAGAGGCAGCACGGCGUUCUCUGUGAUGUCUGUGUCGUGGUUGAGGGCAAGGUCUUCAAGGCGCACAAGAACGUCCUGCUUGGCAGCAGCCGCUACUUUAAGACGCUUUACUGCCAGGUGCAGAAGGCGUCCGACCAGGCCACGGUCACACACCUGGACAUCGUCACGGCCCAGGGCUUCAAGGCCAUCAUUGACUUCAUGUACUCUGCACAUCUGGCCCUCACCAGCAGGAAUGUCAUUGAGGUGAUGUCCGCGGCCAGCUUCCUGCAGAUGACGGACAUCGUGCAGGCCUGUCACGACUUCAUCAAGGCCGCGCUGGACAUCAGCAUCAAGCCAGAUGCCUCGGAUGAGCUUUCGGAGUUUGAGAUUAGUGCCCCACCCGGCAGCAGCACGGACGCGCUGAUCUCGGCUGUGAUGGCCGGAAGGAGCAUCUCCCCGUGGUUGGCUCGGCGCACGAGUCCUGCCAAUUCUUCCGGAGACUCGGCCAUCACCAGCUGCCACGAGGGAGGAAGCAGCUACGGGAAGGAGGACCAGGAGCCCAAGGCCGACGGUCCCGAUGACAUUUCCUCGCAGUCGCUGUGGCCUGGGGAUGUGGGCUACGGGUCUCUGCGGGUCAAGGAAGAGCAGAUCUCGCCGUCUCAUUAUGGAGGGAGUGAGCUGCCUUCCGCCAGGGAUGGUGUGAUACAGAACUCUUUCUCAGAGCAGGCUGGAGGCGAUGGCUGGCAGCCCACAGGUCGAAGGAAGAAUCGGAAGAACAAAGAGACAGUCCGGCAUAUCACACAGCAGGUGGAGGACGAUAGCCGGGCCGGCUCCCCGGUGGCCUCCUUCCUUCCGACGUCUGGGUGGCCGUUCAGCAGCCGAGACUCAACUGUCACACUGUCCCCCAGCGGCUGCACCCCUGGACGUUCUGACCAGCAGUGGAGGAGGUUCCAGUGUCUUUACAUCCUUAUCAGCCCUUGUGACCAUCUGACUGGUCUGACGGAUUCUAGCCGCUCUGAUGCGGACUUGACGGUGACCGAAGCCAGUAGCUCUGACAGCCGCGGGGAGAGGGCUGAGCUCUUUGGCCACGUGGACGAGGGUCUCCUGGGAGGAGAAGCCAGCUACCUGGGCCCGCCCUUGACCCCAGAGAAGGAGGAGGCCCUGCACCAGGCCACCGCCGUGGCCAACCUGCGGGCAGCGCUCCUGAGUAAGAACAGCCUGCUGUCCCUCAAGGCCGACAUGCUCCGGGACGACAGCUCCCUGCUGCUGGACUACCUGCCCAAAGGCACCCACUCCCUGUCCCGGCCUGGCACCAGCCUGAGUCACUCUUGGGGGGAUGCUGAUCGCAGAGCAGAAGCCCCUCCCUCUGGCCCUUCCACCCUCCACUCAGAGCCCGGGAUGCCCGCUCUGGUGAAUGGCCAGACCGAGCCCAGGACAGCACUGCCCCCCCAGCCCAGAUCGAUGCCCCUUGACACCUGGAGCCCUGGGCUCGGCAGCGAGGCCUCCUCUGGAGUUGGCCCCAGCUGGCGCCUGGUCAACGAGUUCACGGUGAUCAGGAAGAAGUUCAAGUGCCCCUACUGCAGCUUCUCGGCCAUGCACCAGUGCAUCCUCAAGCGGCAUAUGCGCUCCCACACAGGGGAGCGGCCCUACCCCUGCGAGAUCUGCGGCAAGAAGUUCACACGGCGGGAGCACAUGAAGCGGCACACGCUGGUCCACAGCAAGGACAAGAAGUACGUGUGCAAGUUGUGCAGCCGCGUGUUCAUGUCGGCCGCCAGCGUGGGCAUCAAGCACGGCUCGCGGCGCCACGGUGUGUGUGCCGACUGCGCGGGCCGAGGCGUGGCCGGGCCCCUGGACGGCGGUGGCACGGAGGGCUCCCCCGAGCUGUUCCCUGGCGAUGGGCCCUACCUGGAAGACCCCGACGACCCGCGGGGGGAGGGCGAGGAGGAGCUGUGUGAGGACGAAGAUGAGGUGGGCCUGGCCCACGAGGACGCGCUGCUGGCGGCCGAGAAGGAGGACGAGGACUCGCCGCGGGGACCCGGCAGCCCCCCGGGGGCGCCCGACAAGGACUUCUGGAUCUCCUAGGCCGCGGGCUGGGGGCGGGGCGGUGCCACCCCUCCACUGCGCGCGCGUGCGCGUGUGCGUGCGCGCCCGUGUGUAUGUGCGCGCGCGUGUGUGUGCGUGUGUGUGUGUGCACGCGUGUGCGUGUGUGUGUCCCUAGGGAUCUGCUCUCGCCUGGGGCCCGGCCACGCUGAGCCCCCUUUAUUCUGCUCCUGCCCCCCAGACACACACACACAAACCGGCCCUGCGGGCUCCGAAGCAGGCAUGACCCCAGCAAGUAAGGGCUCCGGGACCGAACAGGAUGUUGGGGGGCACAGGGUGGGUUUGAGCAGAGGGAGAGCACAUGUUCCCUCGUGUCUGCAGGGACCGAGCGAGGGUCCCCAGCAGGUACGUGUAGAUAGGGCACGCACGGUGGCCCGAUGGCCAGGUCAAGGUCGGGGCUGGUCGGGGUCAUGAGCAUGGUCCCCAAGGCCACAGGUCCAAGGGGUGUUAAGGAAGGUGUUGCAUACACCCGAUGUCCAGUGCUGGAGUCUCCCCCCGCCCCCUGCUCUGCUCCCCCUUUUUCAGCAGCCUGGUCACUGCCUGUGGCCACCGCCGCAGCCUUCUGCCGCCGCCGUGGCAGCCUGCGGAAUCCAGGUCCAGUGUACAGAAAGCCCCGUGGCCCUCCUGCCUCUGGGCUUUGGUGCUUCACAUACAACAGCUGCAGAAGCCCCUGCCGGGGCCGAGGACUCCCAGGUGCUAUCAUCCGGUGGAGGCCGCCAGGUGGGGACCGACGUGCCACGCUCCUCUGGUGCAGGGCUCAGCACGCCCCGCUGCUGGCCACUCAGGGCCCUUUGGGGGCGCCUGGGCUCUUCGUUCCGCGUGCACUUCCUUGGGGAGCCUGGGGGCGGCCUUGUCCUCUCGGCUCUGCCGUCCUUCGUGCCCAGGCCCCUCCUGCUGGCCCCUCCUGGGCGCCCUUGCCUUGUUGCUGCUAACACUGGAGGUGGGGGUCCUGACAGCUGGGCGCUGCCCACACCUCCCCGCGUGGGUAACCAAACUUUUUAAGUCGUCAGAGACAUAGUUGAGGUAGUUCAUAAAAUUAUUUUGUUUGGCAUUAUUUUUCUGACGUGACGAAUCCUAGCGUUGUCUUUCCUUCAGCUUGUCAGUCCUUCUGUUGUCUUUGUAGAUGAGCUCACCGCCUCUUUGUGACUGGUUUUUUUCUGAGUGAAAAGCAAGGGCCCCGCUGUGAGGACCCUCCCCUGGGCCGCAGGACCCGCCCCGGUCUGUCCCCUUCCCCAUAAGGCCGUUCCGGACCACACUUCACUACUCAGACAUUCCGUCCUGCGCCCGCACGGCUCAGGCGCAGGCAGGGCCCGUCUGGGCACGGGCUCCUCUGGGGGCUCAGCCCGAGCCCCACCGAAGACAGUGUUUCUACGUUCUCUUCUUCCACAGACUGUACGCUUCUACCAGGCUGGUCACCGUGUCACAUCUAUUCUUUUUAGGUGGAAAAAGGAGAAUCCCAUGAGCCCCUAACUUAGGUUCCGGGGGUGGCCUGGAGCGCUCGCCUCCCCAGCUGCCGCUGGGGGGCUGGGGGCCUUCUGUGCUUGUUUUCAGUACCAUCAGUUAGAGGGCGUGGGCAGAGCCGGCCGCCGGCCGCCGGCCGCCCACACUCCUGUCUUCCGUGGGGACGUGAGGCGCCCGCGCAGGCUGCCCUGCCAGCUCCUCCUGACACGGGCGGUGGGGGGUGGGGGGCGAGGCCAGUGCAGGGGCUCUGGGACCCGCUUCCCUUGCUGCCUUUCUCCAGUGAGGCCCUGGGCUGCACCCCUCACAGGGCCCGCAGAGCUGUGUACCUCCCCGACUUUCUGACCCCUUU